GGCUGUAUAUUGAAUUGGCACCUGAGUUCUGUCUCGUCCUUUCAGUCGAACCUGGGUACCUAUUCUAUAGGGAGUGUUUCCAACUGUUUUCUCCCCACUUAGGUAUCCCCUUGCUAACCUGUACCGGGAUAUGCCACGUAUAGGAGCGAGUACCGUGGACCCAUGUGCGCACGGUACGAUAGCAGUAUUUGACUAACAUGCAUAAUGCCCUACGUCGAAUUUCUGCUGAUCCGCAGCUACUAAAUGCCAAAUGGAUUUAGGCUCGUACAUGACUAGGAGGGGCUGUCUAAGUUACAUCUCCCUCUCCAUCCAUGGUGACUCAGUGGGCCGAAAGCGGCCUCCUUUAUCGAUAAGCGAGCAGUCUUUUCCGUCCAAAAAAUUUCUCCAUACCCCUCCGCAAAUGUCCACUUGACGCAUAGUUUUGACAAGAUUCUUGAUCUGUUCAAUAGCCAAUUCCAUUGUUGCGCAAAUGGCUACCUCUCGCGACGCAGCGCCGGCCACCUGUAAGGUUGUGCUCUCCAAGAAUGUCGUUUCUAGCCUCCUUUCUGAGGUUCAGGAAGGAGUGAAGACGCUGGAGAAGCCCCCUCACUUGGUGGGAUUCUUGGCCAACAAUGAUCCUGCGGCACUCAUGUAUGCCCAGUGGACCGAAAAGACCUGCGAAGAAAAUGGCUUCCGCUAUUCUCUCCGUCAGGUCGACCGCGAAGACCUUGAGGAGGCUAUCCUAGCUGCCAAUGUCGACUCGGAAGUUGACGGCAUCAUUGUAUACUACCCCAUUUUCAACAACCGGCAAGACCAGUAUUUGCAGCAGCUUGUCGAUGUAUCCAAGGAUGUAGAGGGUCUAAGCCAUCGCUACAUCUUCAACAUGUACCAGAACAUCCGAUUCCUCGACCCAGAGACCAAGCGACAGAAAUGUAUUCUCCCUUGCACACCGCUCGCCAUUAUCAAGAUCCUGGAGUACCUCAAAGUCUACAAUACGAUUUUGCCCUAUGGCAACCGUCUUUUCGGACACACUAUCUGUGUAGUGAACCGGUCGGAGGUUGUCGGUCGGCCGCUGGCGGCGUUGCUGGCAAACGAUGGAGCCUGCGUCUACAGUGUGGAUGUGACUGGUAUCCAAAAGUUCACUAGAGGUGAAGGUAUCAAAAAGCGGAGACACGAGGUCCACGACCUGGAAGGCAAGACAUUGCAGGACGUGGUGCCUUUGUGUGAUGUCGUCAUCUCCGGUGUCCCUGGGGACAAAUACAAGUUUGAUACCAGCCUUCUCAGAGAGGGUGCUGUGUGUCUAAACUUCUCGAGUGAGAAGAACUUCGGACCGGAGGUUAAGGAGAAAGCCUCUAUUUUUAUGCCUUCUACUGGAAAGGUGACAAUCGCUGUUCUGCUCAGAAACCUACUGAGACUUAUCCAGAAUCGGAGAUUGGAUGACGUGAAGCCUGCUGAAGCCACCGAGCGCCCAGGUACUCUAGAAGCUGCCACCUAAUGCUUAUUCAAUGAAUUGGACUGGGAGAUGAUAUCAUAUCACUCAGCAUCCGUUCGGGUUAUAAAGCUUCUAUGCUUAUUUUCGUUUUUACCAUCCUUUCUUUAGACGAAUUACUACAUAUAUUUUUUUAGAAGUUGCGUUGUGCGCGGCCGUCAAGCCGACAACAUGGACUCUGGCCAUAAAAUUAACCAGUAUCCUCUGCUUGUCUAUUUGUUGGAACCCUUGGGAUGGUUAGUCUCAGGCAGAUUUAAAUAACCACAGAAAUAAGAAUGAUGAAUGCUGGUCGUUCGCUGAAUACAUCAUGCAUAAAGUCCUCGUACACACUACAGAAACAGCAAAGAGCAACCAAGUCACUUCUGCAGCAAUAGAGGUGCCCUUACUGACUCUCUCAUUUCUCCUUUGCCGCAAGUCGCAGGACCUGGAUCUCACUUGCUAGCCACUUCUUAAGAGGCUCAGGGUGAAAAGUUCCAUCUGCCGAAAA